GUGGGAGAGUCUCUCCGCUCAUUCACCAAACCCUAAUGAUGACAAGAAUGAGAAGAGGAGGCGGUGUUCCACCGUCCACCACGGUGGUAGUUGCCAAACCAUUUCUCUUUUCCCCGAACAGAAACAUCUCCACUAUCAUCAACCUUUGCAAACAAGAAGGCAACAAUUCUAGGAUCAUAAGUUACAUUCCCGAAACAAUCCCUUUUGUUUGCGAAAUCUGCACGGAGGCUAAAACAAUGAAAGACGCUUUCGACAUGAGAGCUUGUUCCCACACUUAUUGCUCCGACUGCGUCGUAAUGUACAUUGAUUCAAAUCUGAAAAACAACAUCGCCAGCCUCCGCUGUCCCUUUAUCGGUUGCAGUGGUUUGCUGGAAGCUGAUAGUUGUCGUAAGAUUCUUCCAGCGGAGAUUUUCGACCGGUGGGGGAGGGCCUCUUGCGAGGCGUUGUUUGAUGUUUCACUGAAAGUGUAUUGUCCCUUUGCAGACUGUUCGGCUCUUUUGGUCAAAGACAGAAAGGAGGAGGUUAUUGGAAAAACAAAAUGUCCGAAUUGUAAGAGGAUAUUCUGUGCAGAAUGUAAGGUUUCAUGGCAUGAAGGAAUAGAAUGCAGCGAGUUCGAGAAACUGAACGCGUAUGAGAAAGACAACGAAGGUGUUAUGUUGAUGCGCCUUGCAAAGGAGAUGGAGUGGAGGAGAUGUCCCACAUGCAGGUUUUAUGUUGCCAGAUCUGAGGGCUGCGAUCACAUGAUAUGCAGGUGUCGAUGUAGAUUUUGUUACAAAUGUGGAGAUGUUUCCAACUUUAAAGACUCGUGCAGUUGUUUUAAGCCCAAACCUCUUCCCCUCCCCGUUCAUAGAGUGUCAACUUAUAUUUUAAUUUCUUUUCUAUUUCUUUGUUAUGUUUGGUAUUAA